CGGGUGGCGAUCUGAAGUGGUCUCAUGCUGCCACAUGACCCAGCGCCGCUGCGCCGCCUCGUCCGCGAGACGCUCAUCCACGCACCGGCCGGCUCUGAGCCACUACCGCCCGACGCCGCGCUCGACGGCGAGGCCCAGCACAUCGUCGUGCGGCGCGCCGUCGCCCUCGCCGUCGAGCGGCAGCGGCGGUGCGGCGCAGAGCAGAGCGUGCUUGCCCUCGGGCAGCGUGUCGCCGAGGACCGCGGUGGGCACUGCCCCAACUACGCGUCCACCACAGUCAACCUGCUCAACACGCCCGGGUGGGAGCUGCUCCGCUCGCGCAUCGGAUCUGCCGCGAUGGUCAACCUUCUCACCACGGGCUCGCUGCUCUCACCCCUGCCAAACGGCUCCUACCUGCAGCUGACCGGGCCUCUCCCGCCCGUGGGCUUUGGGAGAAGCUCCGCCGACGAUGGCAAGCGAAAGCACAACUGGCGCUCCUUGUCGCGCAACCUGGCCAGCCUGGUCGAGGCGCCGAGCGGGCGCGACCCUGCCCACCUGCUGCUUCGCGGCAUGCGCACCUCCGACGGCGGGGCGCGCUUCUACUGGCCGCGCGGCGUGUGGAUCCGGCUGCAGCGGCUGGCGCUGCGGCGGGCGCGCCUCUCCCCCGGCCUGCUCGGCACUUCUCUCCUCUCCCUCGAUGCCGUGCACGAGAGGUGGCGCGCCUUCGCCGCGGAGCGGCGCCUGCGCGCGCCCGGCUGCGCUCUCCACUUUGGGUCGACCGACCUGGUCGCUUGCUACGACACCAUCGACCAGCGCGAGGCUCUCGCCGCCGUCGACGCGGCACUGCGUUCGCGCGGAGAGGGCCCCUCGCGACUGCACCAGCUCUUCAUCUUCAAGCCGGCCGGGCCGCGCCUCGCCGCCAGACCCUUCAGCGUGGCGGCGGACGGAGGGGGCGGCGGCGGCGGAGUGGGAGAUGGCGGCGGCGGAGGAGCAUACGGCGGUGCGCUCGCCGGUCGGCUGCGCGGAGCCUUGCUCGUCGAUCGGCAGUCUGGCGGCGCCAUCAGCGCCGAGCAGGUCGGCGCGGCGCUGCGGCAGCUCGUCUCCUCUUCCGUCGCCCUCGUCGACGGCCGCGCCUACGUCCAGCGGAGCGGGAUCCCGCAAGGGGCCGUCGCGGGCGCGCUGGUCUGCUGCCUCCACUACGGAGCCCUUGACCUCUCGCUCCUCGCGACCUACCUCUCCCGCCUGCCGUCCACGCCGAGGCUCCAGCCGCAGCCAGCGCCCGCCGCCGCGCCCGCCGCCGCGCCCGCCGCCGCCGCGCACGGGGAGGCGACGUGGGAGGGGUCGUUGCUGCUGCGGCUGAUUGACGACUCGCUCUGCGUCUCGGCGGUCGAGCGCACGCGGGACGGCUUCCUCUCCGCGAUGGGGAGCGGCUUCCCGCGGUACGGAGGCGCGACCAGCGUCGCGAAGACGUGCGUGGCCUCGAGCACGGCGCCGCCCGCCUCGACCGCCGACACCGCCGACUCCGUCAC